GAGCUAAAAUAGCGUUACAAGAAUUAGGUGAAGGGAUUCCAACACCAAAAAAACGUACCGGUGAACGUUUAAAAAACUUAUGUUCUAGAGUGGCCCUUGACGAAAUAUCGGUGGAACAAUUUUUAAUUAAUAUUGGCCAUUGCAUUCGAAAACGAAUUAAAUAUUAGUUUUAAAUUUUAAUUAUUUAUAGUUUUAAAUUAAAUUUAUAUUAUAUAUUAUACAUUUAGUAAUUUUAUUUUUUUUUUAAUUAAACCGGACUUUUUUCCGAAAAAAAUUAAAUCGGACUUUUUUUCCGGCUCCCGCUUACAGUAGUGAGUAUUGCUUAUAGUAUUGUGUUUGGUAACCCCUGUAUUAUAUUAUCAAAUACUAUACUCAUGAUACUACAAGUAGCAGUUACCAGUUGCCAGUUAAAACUUCAGAUUUUAGAACCGGGAUAUGCUUGAAUGCUUGAUGCGUGUUUAUUUACUUCUAAGUUUUAUAAUUUUUAUCCAGGUAUACUGUUCAAUAUUUCACCCGUAUUUCUUCAUCUAUUAAUUACUAUACUUAUUACUAUACUUUACAGUUAGUGACUAUUUUUCAAAAAAACAAAUGUCAUGGGCCCGAUUCCAGUGGACCGUAUUAUAAGCAUAAGCAGUGAAGACCAUGCACACAAAGCUGAAAACAUACUUAACGUCUCAGAUUCACAUCAAACGUGGCGUUGUAAAUCAGGUGAAAAACAAGCUACAGUCAUUCUUCAAUUUUUGAAACCGUCGGUCAUUAGUUCUAUUGACGUUGGAAAUGAUAAUUCUGCUUUUGUAGAAAUAUUUGUAGGAAAAUCUACGUCUGACGAAUUUCAAGUACUAUUGGUAACUUCUUCUUUGAUGACAUUGCAUGAAUGUAAAAAUGGAUUAAAUGUAAAUAAAGUCCGUUUCUUCGACACCAAUCACCUAUCUUUGGCAUCUAAGGAGUCAUGGGAUAGAGUAAAAAUUGUGUGUACACAACCAUACAUUAAGCAGAGCAAAUAUGGUUUAUCAUUUGUAACAUUUCAUUCUAAAGAUAUACCACAAAAAGAGCCUAUCCAAUCUCAGUCUAUUCAGUUAGGAUCAUUUACAUUAAGAAAUGAUGAUGAGUCUGAUGAUAUUUCAUCUGCUGGUCGAUUAUUUUCCAAGCGUAAUGAAAAUAAAGAUGUUGUGAGGAUGCCAGAAUCACCAGUUAAUCGUCUACUAGCUAUACAUAAAAAAAACUUGGAAACGGGAAAACAUAAAAAUACUAAUUCUACAAAUAUUAAUAUUCAAACACCUUUAAUGAAUCAAAUGAACUCCAAAUCUCCAAAAGAUUCUGUAAAACCAAAAAACAUUGAUUUAAAUGUUAAAAAGAAUGACACGAUUACAAUGGCAGCUGUUAAAAAUACAGAGGUUAAAAAGAAAGAAUCAAGUCCAUCAUCACACUUGCAACCUUCCAGAAAAAAAAUUAAGUUAAUGAAAAACCCAUUACCAGUAACAAAACCGUUCAGCGAAUUAUUGAACAAUGUUGUAUUUGUAAUGAGUGGUUAUGAAAAUCCAUAUCGCAGUAAUGUACGUUCAAAAGCUUUGGAAAUGGGUGCUAAAUACAAACAUAAUUGGGAUCUGUCAUGCACGCAUCUAAUAUGUGCUUUUAUAAAUACUCCAAAGUAUCAUGAAUGUAAAAGACAAGGAACCUAUCGUAUAGUAAAAAGUGAUUGGAUUGAUAAAUGUCAUUCAAAUAGAUGUCGAUAUCCGUGGAGAAGGUACGCUUUGGAUAAACUGGAACAAAAUAAACCUGAGAGUGAAGAUGAAAUAUGUGCACAAACUGAUUCAGUUGAAACUGAUGAUAGUGAUAAUGAAUGGAAUACUGUUUCUGCAAAGCAUGUACCCUCAACAUCACAAUCAAAUAGUUCUGAAAAUCAGCAAAAUACAAUAACAACAUCACUAUAUGAUUUAGAUACUGACAUUGAUUCAGAUUUAGAUAUUCCUAAAGAUAUAUUGGCUGAUGAAAGCAUUGUACCAUUGCCAUUUAUAGAUGAUAUAUUUCAUGAUUGUUCAUUUUAUCUAUCUACCAGUUUAAAACCUUCACUAAAACAAGAAUGUCAUCGCUACAUUUUAGCACUUGAGGGAAAAUUCAGUGAAAAGGAGAAAUGUGAUUAUAUUGUUUCAACUGAUGCAAAUGAUUUACAAUUUAAGAAUUCUGUUACUCCACAGUGGAUUUGGGAUUGUUAUGAUGCAAGAAAAAUAUUACCGUUAAAAUAAAACUUGUUUCUAUUGCAAAAAAGAAUAUUAUGUAAUAAUUUAAUUCUCUGUACUUUAAUGUGUUCUGUAAAAUUUGUGCUUGUGUAUGGAAAUAGACAAUGGUUAUUCAUAAUAAUUAUUACUAAUCAUACCUAAUGUUGUAUAUUAUAUUUAUUUUUUAAAAGUGUUGUAAAAUAACAAUUAAUAAACUAUAUUUUACUAUUGUAUCA